AUGAUGCUCCCUAUGGUAUCGUCGGCUAUGAAUCGAUUUCGCGCCCCAAGGAGGGCCCCUUCUGCCGAAGAUUCUCCGUCCGAUGCUGAGGAGCCACAUACCACCGAACUGGAGACUGAAGAGCCGUAUUUUCCUGACCUCUACGAUGUACUCAAAACUCGACAUAUCCUGCGAUGGAAGAUUGUUCCCGAAGGAUUGCCCAUGGAGAUCGUGGAUCUGAUUGUGGAUGCGGCCGAGUAUUGGGCGUCGAUGGAAUCAAAGAUGCAGGGGCAACGAAUUAUCCGGCAAGACGGGGAUCAGGUUCUUGUGCGAACGAGUCCGUUGUGCUAUGAUGAGAAGGUAAACGACCCUCGCGCCAGACCCAGGCCAGUUGCGCUCUUUCCCGCCGUUUCACAAAAUACGCUCGGUAGCCCGUCACCAAAACUGCUGCCGCAUCGAACGAUUCACCCAUGUCGAAAGAUUGUCUUCUCCAUCGCCUCCCACGAUCAGGGCUGGGGUGGUGGUCGUCGACGAGAUCACAGUCCGUUUGAGGGGUCCAAUACCUGGUUUGACAUUGAAGUGAUUCAUUCUGCGCAUCAGGGCACCCCAACAGAAAUCUCGAGCCUUCCAGAAGUAGGGCAGAAUGGGAUCCGACUGACAGCCGGUCAUCCCCUCCUCAACCCCAGUAGACAGAAGUUGCAAUCGAAUCGGACAUACGUGAGGGAAACUCAUCACUAUACAAUCACCUGGCACCAUCUCGACCGUGUCCCAGCAGACUCAGAGGAGGCCGAAGAGAUCGAACGUGAUCAGGGUCGGGGCCGUGCCACGCUGGAUGGCAGCCUGAUACGCGCGCUGGGACUAGGCGAUGCUAUCUCCGUCUGGGGACGCGCUCGAUAUGGCGGAUGGUCGAACCAUGUGGAAGAAGUGGCGGUGCGAGUGUUCUGGGCGUCGUUUGCUCCAGCAUCUACUCUAUCCGUCCCCGUCCCCCUCGAACCCCCUCAGCAUGUCGGCGUUCGUUCCUCGUCCUGCCCCCAAGAGCGGCCAAACGCAGCCCAAAUGAUCUCCGACGGAAAGCGCACCAGGGAUUUUCCCAGGCCUCUGCGAGUGGGGCAGCAUGCGUCGGUUGCGCAACAGUCGGUCUGGCAACGAUGGACGAGGCCUGGAUGGCUAUCGCCUGACCUGGAAGAAAGGGCGGUUUAUCCUGCCCUCUCGCCCUUUCUCUCGCCCGAGUGCGCGCACGGCUUGCCCGCACGACGGUCAUUCGCUCCGUUCCAUCCGCCUGGUCGACUUCUCGUUCUGCCCCUCCCGUCCAGGCCAGCACAAUGA